AAAACGAUCUUGCGCAGAACCUGCGCGGCGAGCAUUUGGAGCUCGUGCUGGAUGUUGGCUCUCAGCUCGCUCGCGCUCACUCAACGCAACCCACUUUUCUUUCCGGGCACGGGAAGGAGCUCGCGCAGCGCAUCCGCUCCCGCCGCGAGAGGAACCUGCCUCUUGCUUCCUUUUUUGCGUGCGUUUUUUGGGUUUUACGCACGACUUUGGUUUGGCUUGGGCUUGGCGUUGGUUCGGCGUUGGGUUCAGCAGCAUCACCACCGGUACCAAAACAGUUUUGAGGGGCUUUAGGAGCUUUGGAUGGGAGCGUACUGCGAAUAGCUGCGUCCUGAAGUUCGGAGCCCAAGCAUUUUCUCCUUUCCAACCUUUCCAUCCUUUUAUUUCUUUAUUCUUUUGUUCGUUUUUUCCGUUUUUUCCUCCUUUUUUCUGCGCGCACGGAGGCGCUUGUGCUCCUACUCGGCUCCUCGGACGAGAGGCAUCUGGCGCGUGGGAAAUGUGAAGAAGCUUUAAAAAAGUAUGGCAUGCAAACAUGGUCUCGGCCAAGAAGGAGACGGUGACUGCGAUGUACCCCGCGUCCAUUUCUACAAUCCUCUGCUUGCUCUGCGUGACGGCUUGCAUCAAGAGGAUAUCUGGACAGCUCAAGAAGGAGGAUAAGUUGUAUCCCGAGAAUUUCACACGCAUAUUGGACAGGCUGCUGGACGGCUAUGACAACAGACUAAGACCUGGAUUCGGGGGUCGAGAGACGGAGGUGAAGACUGACAUCUAUGUCACCAGUUUUGGCCCAGUGUCUGAUGUGGAAAUGGAGUACACAAUGGACGUGUUCUUCAGACAGACCUGGGUUGACCAGAGGUUGAGGUAUGAGGGGCCCAUUGAGAUUCUGCGGCUAAACAACCUGAUGGUGACCAAAGUGUGGACUCCUGAUACGUUCUUCAGGAACGGCAAAAGAUCUGUGGCCCACAACAUGACCGCCCCUAACAAACUCUUCAGGAUCAUGAAAAACGGAACAAUCCUUUACACCAUGAGAUUGACAAUAAGUGCAGAGUGUCCAAUGAAGCUGGUGGAUUUUCCAAUGGACGGCCAUUCCUGUCCGCUGAAGUUUGGCAGCUAUGCUUACCCUAAGACGGAGAUGAUCUACACAUGGACCAAAGGGCCGAAGAACUCAGUGGAAGUUCCUCCUGAAUCCUCCAGCCUUGUGCAGUAUGAUCUGAUAGGACAAACUGUUUCCAGUGAAACCGUGAAAUCCAUCACAGGUGAAUAUGUGGUGAUGACUGUCUACUUCCACUUGAAACGGAAAAUGGGCUACUUCAUGAUUCAGACGUACAUCCCCUGCAUCAUGACAGUAAUCCUUUCCCAAGUGUCCUUCUGGAUAAAUAAGGAAUCCGUGCCCGCCAGAACUGUCUUCGGUAUCACCACAGUCCUCACCAUGACCACCCUGAGCAUCAGUGCCCGUCACUCUCUUCCCAAGGUCUCCUACGCCACAGCCAUGGACUGGUUCAUCGCUGUGUGCUUCGCCUUCGUCUUCUCCGCCCUGAUCGAGUUUGCAGCCGUGAACUACUUCACCAACGCCCAGGCAGAAAGAGCAAAAAAGAAGCAGGCCAAGAGCGCAGCAGCUGCAGCCGCCGCAACCGGCAAGAGCUCCACGCCGUCCGGCAAGAGCAAAGACACCGAGGAGGUUCUGCAGCAAAACUCCGACACGAAUGGCAACCUACGCAAACGCGUGAACUCCACCACUCAGUCUCAGCCCGACUCCAAAGGCAGCCAAAGAACCGAUUCCUCCAGUAAGAGCACUGCAGCUGUGAGCAAACAGCCCCAGACCAGCCAGCUAUCCUCCAGCAGCACGACAACAACAACAAGCAGCUCGGCCAGCCAAUCACGACUUCACCCCAAAUCGGCCGGUCAAGCCAACGCAGCACCCCAAGCCUCGACGUCCAAGACCACACCCCCUGCUCCGCCCUCCACACCAACCAUCCCUGGGCGGUCGUCAGGCAACACCAUCACUGCCUCCACCUCUCUUCACCAUAUUUUAGGGACCAAGUUGGAGAAUAUCCAGAAAAUGGACGCCAAGACGCCACCUGGUGGCGCCCCUGCGGCAGGAGGGACCAGCAAGAUUGACAAAUACGCUCGCAUCCUUUUCCCAGUGUCCUUCGGGGCUUUUAACAUGGUGUACUGGGUGGUGUACUUAUCCAAAGACACAAUGCAAGCAAGAGGAGGCUAAUCGCACCAGACUAGCGUGAUUUUUUUGUAAUACUUCUUCAAAGCCAAACAGCAAAUACUGAGGAUAACAUCUCCUCUCAGAGGACUGUGUCGAGCAUAUUCAAAGCAAUUCCUAGAAUUUUCUUUGUAUCAGAACACAUGGACAAGAAAACAGAUUAUGAUGAAGAUUAUAUGGGAUAUAUGAAAUUACUGUCAAACGAAAAUCCUGGGUCGUUUUUGAGAAACAGCAUGUGGAUGUAGGAUAAAAACGCCCCUAGUUUUCUCCCUGGACCGGAUCUUCAACUCAUCUGGCUGGCAACUUUCUUCAAGUGGUCGCCAUGAAUCACAAGGCACAUUAAUGGUUGAGGAUACAGGGAUGUUGCCAGUGAAACUGAAACUAGGAAACAGAAUAUCAAAAAAAUAAAAUCAUUACCAUUUAGUCUAUUUUUCUAUAGAGACGUUUUCUGAUGGUUUGCUUAGAGUGUGCAACUAAUGAGUUUCCUUUAUGUUACUUUUAAAUCACUUUUCUUUUUUUUUCUUUUUAAUUUAGGGAUGCACCGAAAUUGAUCUUUUUGGCCAAACCAAAACUGAGCAAAAUGAAACGAUUGGCCAAAGGCACAAAUACUGAACACACAGGUUUUCAUUCAUUUUGCCAGUUUUUUCACCAUAGACCACAAUAAAAUAGACAAUAUUUGCCAUAUAUUUGCAGUAUGGCUAUAUGACUCUACUACUUAAAAUAAAAAAAUGGGUAAAAACAAGCAUUUUCAUUUGAUCCUUAUUAUUAUGCCUAUAAGUGACUGCUAAAGAAUGUAACAUACACCUUUCUCUGCUUCCCAGACAGCCAGGUAAGUGUCAGACAGCCGGCUGAUGGAUUUAUGAGAGACUUACAGAUGCAAGUGCUGUAAAAGGUUUAAUAAAGGAGCCUGUUGGCUCUUGUAGGCUAACAAAAAUAAAUGAGGAGAUCAGAAAACAGUUCAAACCAUGAAAUAGAAAAACAGUAACUAAGCAGUUACAGACCAGUAACAGGCAAACGAAACACAAGGAAAAAACUUGGUAUGCAACUGUGAUCAGUUGGCAAUACUUUGCAAAGAAUGUUGCAAACUAAAGGGGUCUUUGUACAAACAGAAAAAAUUGUACACGAUUGAAACAGAUUAAUACUCAGGUGAUGUAGAACAUGAGUAAAGCGUGAGUUCAUAGUUUGGCAUGUGACAUAUAUUCAUUCCUCUAUGAGAGGUGGAUUGUGGGAGUUGUAGUUGUAAGAAUUAGCAGAGAUAAGAGGAAAGCUACAAGGCGUGACAUGUUUGCCCAAUAUGAUUCAAUAUAAUUCAAUUUAAUUCAAUACAUUUUUGGUCAAACAAUUUAGGUCGCCAAAUUUUUCGGUGCAUGCCUAUUUAAAUUGUAUUUACAUACACAGAAAAGAGCCAACCAAUGGCACGUCUGCUGAGUAAUGAUCGGCAGCAGCUGAGAGCUUGGCUCAGUGUGGGCCUGCUGGACCACCCCGUAACCUGCUGACCAGCAGCAGAAGAUCUGUAUGCAUGUCUUUUAUUUCUCUUGGACACGAGGGGAACUUUGGAAACAAGCUAUUGUAUCUUUUCUUUGUCUCUUUAGUACAGUGAUUUAUUUGUCAUUACGAAGUUUAAAGCUUUUUUUUUCUGUUUGCUUACAUUUCGCAUAGGAAUUUUCACUUCCACAAACUAAACAGAGCCAUCCUGCACUAAACUGCACCAUCUACGAUGUUCUUGUCUAAUCUUACAAAUAAUUUUAUCACUCUGUGAAUGGCUAUUGUUUUUUUAUUUUCCAUUCAGUAUUAGUUCAUUAGAAGUCUAUUAUAUUGAUGAAUGACAAAAGGAAUUAUUAAUGAAUAUGAGCUUCAUUAUUAUUGUGUGAACAACACAAAGCACCUUCGUUAUUCAUUGAAUCACUGACAUGGAAGCGUUCAAAGGGGUCAGUCACCCUUAUUGGCGUGAGUUAAUAGAUUGUGGGUGAACAUUAUGGUGCCUAAGGAAAAUGGGGCUGAAUAUUGAAUGUUAAAAAGUUCACCAGUGGCUAGCAAUAGUGGACUGUUUUUUGUUGUAAACGAACAUUGUCCAUAUUUGCUUUUCUUCUCCCCUACUUUACAAAUCCCCCCCUCUCUCUCUCUUUUUUUUCUUUCUCUCCAUCUAUCUCUCUCUCUCUCUCUCUCUCUUUCUCUCUGGCAGAAAAUAUCCAGUACUCUAGCUCAGUCCAGAAUAAAUGUCAGCCAGGGAACCAAUUUGCCUCAAUGUCUAUGUGUUUUACAUGCAUGCACAUUUCCCACAUAUCUGUUAUCAAAACCAAGAACCAGCUGGUUUGGUUGGGUAGACCUCUUACAGAAACCCUGAGCAUUGGACAGCCAUUGGACAGCUACAGCAGCAACCAGGAAGCAGUGGGGGUUAGGGCCUUGCUCAAGGGCCCAACAGUUGCAGCUUGCUGAAUCCAGCUGAAAAACGCUUAAGCCUAUCAUCAAUAACCGGGUGCCCUAGCGGCUAAGCUACCAUGAAGAAUCCUGUUUUGUCAGUUACCCUCCUGGCUGUAUCAGCUAUUUAUUAAUAUAAAUAUAGGCACUGUAGUUAUACAAUAUAUUCAACUACUUGUGGACACCCCUUCUAAUUAUUACAACCAGUUACAUUAAGCUACACCCAUUGAUGACACAGAAUAAAAAAGGACUAUCUAAAGCUGAUGAACAUGAAGCUAUUAGCUCCAUGCCUAAUGCCAGACAUACUAAGUCAUUAUAUCCGUGUAACAUUGUGUAGCAUUGCAUUGUCUGACAGCAUCUAAAAACAGUCAUAACAAACAUACCUUCCUAAUAGUAGGAAUAACCACCCUUUGCUUAGAUAACACUAGCAUCAUGUCAUGGCAUAUGUGUGUAUAUGAAUAUAUAUGCUCAAAAACAUCAUAGAAUAAAUGAUUUUACAUUGGCACUGAAAAAUUAGCACUGAACAUUUGGAAUGUUUUUUUUCUUCCAUUUUUUUCUACCAUGAAGUGAGAAAAAGAGUUUUAGUGAGCCCUUUUCAAGAAUGUCAAUAUAUAGUUUUGGAAAAAAAAAAUGAGACCACUUACAAAUGAUGAGUUUCUUUGAUUUUAUCAAAUUGAAAACCUCUGGAAACCUCUUGAAAAUAUAAUCAAGAGGAAGAUGGAUGGAACUGCUUGAAAUUUUGCACCAGCAGUGUCAUAAAGUUAUCCAAAAGCAGUGUGUAAGACUGGUGGAGCAGAACAUGCCAAGAUGCAUGAAACUGUGAUGAAAAAAACAGGGUUAUUCCACCAAAUAUUAGUUUCUAAGCUCUUAAAACUUUAUUAAUAUGAACUUGUUUUCUUUGGAUUAUUUGAGGUCUGAAUGCUCUGCAUCUUUUUUGUGAUUUCACCCAUUUCUCAUUUUCUGCAAAUAAAUGCUCUAAAUGACAAUAUUUCUAUUUGGAAUUUGGGAGAAAUGUUGUCUGUAGUUUAUUGAAUGAAACAACAAUGUCCAUUUUCCUCAAACAUAAACAUAUAAAUAUCUAAAUCAGAAAAAAAAAAUAUUCAGACACUGAAGUGGUCUCAUCAUUUUUUCCAGAGCUGUAUAAACUAAAUUUCCCUUCUAGGAGAAUCGAGUUACUGUAUUUUCUUUACCAUUGUAAGCAACAAUGUCUCUGAGAGCUAAUUAUAUGAGUUAUUGUCUAGUCAGACUGCACCUGUAUUCCUUUUGAUAUGAUAUGAUUUGAUAUGAUAUCCCAAAUGUCAAUCUUUGCAAAAGUCACUACACUAAAUUCUCAGAAUUCAAUUUAUUACUGUAAGUAAUUUUAUUUUAAGUGUCUUGAUGAAUGAAGGACUGCAAGUCUAGAUAAAGCACAUUUAAUUCUUUGGACAAAACUAUAUAAUACUACAAAUUUUAAUACAUAUUAUUUAUUUCUGCCAAAAUGGAGAAAUAGUUGAUAAUUGGUUAUUUUUUUUGGAAGGGCUCAACUAUUGGUGUAGAGAAAAAGUCUCCAGAUAUCCAGAUCUGUGGAUUCAAACAGGCCUGUUCCCAUCAAUAUAAACCUCCACCCCACCCACCCAUCCCUUCACCCUCCUCAUUAUUCCCUUAUUGAUCGCUCAAGCUAUUAAAAAGUCAGAGCACCAUCCUGCAGUCAGAGAUUAAUCUAGAGAGCGGAUGCUUUUCAGUUCUGAUCUCAGACCAUUUCCAGCGUAUCUGUGAAAAGGGUCUGUGAGGCUUUCAGUCUGAUUACUAACAGGAGGAGCGGGUGUGUUUCUCUCUGUGGUCUUGCCUUUACUAUUCUGUUCUUUUUUCUGUGCUUUCUGUUGGUGCUCUAUUUGAGUCAUGGGCCUAAAGGCUAAGCGUUAAGUGGGUAAGUAGCGGAGGGUCCCUGGGAGUAUGGCCCAGUGUUCCAGACGCUUACCUCAACUGAGGAAGUGUCACUUGUACAAGGAACCGGGAGGCUUAUUACAUUGCCUGUGCUUUUCCCUUGUCUCUUUAUUUGUCCUUUUCUUCUCUCUCUCUCUCUCUCUCUCUCUCUCUCUCUUUCUCUCUCUAUAUAUCUCUCUCUCACAUACACACCCACAAGUGUGUGGGUGUGUGUGUGUAAAAAGCUGUCAUGUUUUGAGGACUUUAUGGACAAGGCUAUCAGUGGACUGAUGGAGCGAUCAAAAACGGCUGCUGUUUUUGGCUUCCCCGGAAACGCACUUGAGUGUGAAAUUGACUUGGUGCCCUCGCCAUCACCCCCCUAAAAACCCUUUCUCAUACACAGACACAUUCUCACACACACACACACACACACACACACACACACACAUACAGUGCACACACACAUAUUAACCUGCCAGCUUCAAGGUGCCCCAAGUCUUCGCUCUUUCCCUCCCCCCCCCCCCCCCCCCUCAGUGCCUGAGAGAGUGAGAUGCUCAUACACAGCAUUGCAAAUGAGUGACAGCUUCACAAAUGAAGGUUAGAUAAGGACAAGCCCACAGCUGCAGUUCAAGAAUGUUAUAGGAAAAACUGUGAAAAAAUCAU